AUGAUUAAUAUAUUGAUUUUAUUUUCUUUAUUUGCCUUAACUUUUAUUUCAAAUACUAAAAAACUUCUUAUUUAGAAGGAUCUGUUAUAAACAAUUAUAAAUAAAAGAUGCUUUAUGGGAACACAACAAUAAUUUAAAUUUGUAGAAUCAUAAUUAAAAACUACUUUUUUCAUAAGUCAAUCUUUUAAUAAGGAUUGUAAUAAUUCAAUACUCUAAUUAUGGGAAUUAUCUGAAACAUUUUAGUACGGAAAUUGGUGUGGGAAAAACUAUGGAGGUUUUAAUAAUGAUUGUAGAAAAUUUUGCGAAAUAGAUUUAUUUACACCUAGUGAAGAUUGUGUGAAAUGUAAUUAACCUACUGAUUGGGUGGACGAAUAGUGUAUGUAUCAUGAUUUUUGUAUGACCAGAUUUGAAUCUAUGAGCAUUGGUUAUGGAAUGGCUUGCUCAGACUCUAUUAAUCUAGGCAAUCCUUUUCCAUCACCUUGUAAUUGUGCUUAAAAUUUAACAGAACAUUUGAAAUUAAAUUAUCUUUUUGAACAAUGUUAAUUAGAUGUAGAAUGUGAAAUGAAUGGAGAAAUUAUUUAGAAUUUUUUCAAUAGUGAAUUGCUAAAAUGUUCCUGUACUUACUUAUAAUGUAACAAUAAUACAAUUGACUCAAAUGGAAAUCCUAUUGUUAUAGAUGAACCAUUAGAGUGCUGGAAUGCAACGGCUUGUAUCAAGCCUGAAUAAUGUACAAGUUUAAAUGGAGAAUGA